AUGGGCUCUCAAGUGAUCCUUAAUCCUGACAGUCUCGUCAAUAUCAAUACGAGUCUAAGCGCCGUUUACACCAAUUCGCUCAUUAUUCCCCUCUGUGUUUCCGCUGCUUCCAUUCUGGGUUUUGUGAUUCACUUGAUAGCAAGAGUCGAGCCCGUUAGAAGAUUAUUCAGACGAAUCGGAACAGUCCCCAAUUCAGAGGAAUCCGCAGCACCAGUCCAACCUGAAAACCUCAUUCAGGAGCUCAAUGCUCACGUAGGAAGUCGUGGAGGUCCUAUUAUCUACGUGUACAUGUUAAUUAGGCUUGUCGGCACGCUAGCUCUACUCGGAUUGUCUAUCACGAGUCUGAUAUUGGACGAGGUUAGACGAAAUGGGAAACAGGGCUUGGAAUUACUUGAAGGGCAGGAAGAUAUCGUAGAUUCGCUGGGCAAGUGGGGCAAGAAACAUCCAAAAAAGAAGUAUGGUACUCAUUACACCAAACGAGAAUGGCUGGAGGCUGCUAUGUGCCUCACAUUCCUUUAUACCUCACUUCUGGCUCUGAUAUCGGUCACAGCUAAACCGAAGUGGAGUAAAGUUGCCACAAGACAUCUCAACACUGUUCUCCUCGCCACGUUUUCUGUUUAUCUGUACCGGGACGUGUAUCCGCUGAUAACUUUCACUCUCAAACCUAAGGACCUUUCAGAAGGUGGAAUUCUAUGGGCCAAAAUUACUCUCCUCGCUGUCACUAGUGUGGUGAUUCCUCUGGCAAUUCCUCGGCCUUACGUCCCAGUUGACCCUAAAAAUCCUUUACCGGAGCCAAGCCCAGAACAGACUGCAUCAAUCUUCUCAUUAGCCACCUAUGCUUUCAUAGACCGAUUGGUGCUGGCAGCGUACCGCGUCAGUCAUUUGGAUUUCAACCAACUACCCCUCCUGAGUGACCAUGACUCUGCGAAGUACCUCAAGUCAUCAAGUUUCAAGCAUCUCGAUGUGUUUUCUGGGGCACCAAAAAGACACCUAUUUUUCGGCUUGAUCCAUAUUUUCCGUAGCGCCUACGUGCAGCUUGCCGUGAUGAUUCUGGUGCAUGUAUUCGCGAACUUCGCCGCUCCUAUUGGUCUCAACAGACUUUUGCGGUACCUUGAGCCUGGAGGUGAAAGGGCCGUGGUUCGUCCAUGGUUCUGGAUUCUCUGGCUAUUUAUCGGCCCUAUUGGUGGAACUCUCUCAAUUCAAUGGUACGUUUUUGUCACGACUCGGACACUAGUUCGCACUCAAGCAAUCAUCACGCAGCUCGUUUUCGAACACUCCCUCCGUAUCCGUGUAAAGGCUGAGACCGCUGAUUCGCCCGGAAGCUCCACAUCGUCUUCACCGGAAACACUCACUCCCGACUCUGCAUCUGUUCAUGAAGGAACUGUCGAUGGUUCCGACACAAUACAUUCCAUUAGCCCAAGCGAAGCCGAAUCCACAACCGUGCAUUCCAGUACCACAUCUGUAACAGACAAGGGUAAAGCGAAGAAAACUGACAAACGCACCAAAAAGGAAAAUGAUGACGCCCCUUCAUCUGAUACGAACAACCUCGUUGGAAAGAUAAACAAUCUUGUUACGACUGAUUUGGACAAUAUCACCGACGGGCGAGAUUUUCUCUUCGUUCUUAUCUAUAUCCCAGUGCAAAUUGUGUUGUGUAUGGUAUUCUUAUACGCGGUUUUGGGAUGGAGCUGUUUCGUAGGAUUGGGGGUCAUGAUUGUCUCAUUCCCGUUACCGGGGAUGAUAGCCAAGUACGUUAAGCGGGCUCAAGAGAAAAGGUUGAAGAAGACAGAUGCUAGGGUGCAGUCUGUCAGUGAAUCUAUGAAUGUUCUGCGGAUGAUCAAAUUGUUUGGUUGGGAAAGCAAGAUGGAGUCAAGGAUUGCAGAGAAGAGAGAUGAGGAGUUGGUUUGGAUUAGGAGACGCCAGAUUCUGGAGAUGAUCAAUGGUAUCAUUACAUACAUUUCUACCGGCAUAGAUCCCUCUAAUCACGAUGAUAGCGACCUUUGUGACAUAAGCGUCAUCAUGAAGCAGACUAUACACGCUUCAGUAAUUUAUAGCUCCAUGACCGUAUUCGACAUGCUGCGCGAGCAAAUGCGCAUCAUUUUUCGGUCCAUCAAUGAUACCGUAACCGCGAAAGUAUCACUUGACCGCGUUUCCGACUUUUUGAAGAACACAGAGCUCCUUGACUCGUUCUCUGACAAGGCACCUGAGAGUGAUGAUUACUUCGUGCCCGCCGACGCAGUUUCUGACCCGCAGAAGAUUGGCUUUCGCAACGCCCAUUUUACUUGGUCCUCCGACGUGAAUGGAUCUCUGACACCUUCAAAGCGCAGGUUUACGCUCAGGAUCGAGGGUGAACUCUUAUUCAAGCCCAAAUGUGUUAAUUUGGUCAUUGGAGAAACUGGUUCAGGAAAGACAUCAUUGUUGAUGGCUUUGCUAUCGGAAAUGCAUUUCGUUCCUUUUGGGCCUGAUUCAUGGUAUAAUCUUCCUCGAGAAGGAGGCAUCGCUUACGCCGCCCAGGAAUCUUGGGUACAGAAUGAGACAAUCAGAGAAAACAUUGUUUUCGGCUCACCGUUCGACCAAGAACGGUACAACAAGGUUCUCUACCAAUGUGGCCUCGAACGCGACAUUGGUUUGUUUGAGGCCGGCGAUGCAACAGAAGUUGGUGAAAAGGGCUUAACCUUGAGUGGCGGUCAAAAGGCUCGCAUCACUCUUGCGAGGGCUAUAUACUCUAAGGCGGAGAUCAUCCUGUUGGAUGACGUUUUGGCUGCGCUUGAUGUGCAUACUGCCAAAUGGAUUGUCGACAAGUGCUUUUCUGGUGAUCUUAUGGAAGGCAGGACAAUGAUCCUGGUAACGCACAAUAUUGCAGUUACUCGACCAAUCGCUGGCUUUGUGGUAGCUAUCAAAGAAGGCCGCAUUGAAAGUCAAGGGACCGUCCUAGAGGCAUUAGGGAACGAUUCAGCAUUAGCGGAAGAGGCGAACAAAGAACAGCAAAUCAUCGACAAAACAGAUGAAGAGGUAGACGAAAAGCCACCAGCAGAAGAAACAAAGGCAGACGGGAAACUAAUUGUGGCGGAAGAAAUUCAAGAAGGGCAUGUAAGUUGGUCUGCAGUGAAAAUGUAUUUGACGAGCAUGGGAGGCCAAUACACUUGGGCUUUCUUUUUCGCAUUUAUCUUCGCCAUGUUCAUUACCGAAAUCCUCAAUGCGUUUUAUACUUGGUUCUUGGGAUAUUGGGCCUCACAAUAUGAGACCCAUGAUCCCGCGUCUGUCAGCGUUUCACACUACAUUGGAAUAUACUGUCUUAUCCUGGCUAGUGCCGUCGUAUCCUAUUCCAUAGGUGUCAUCAUCUAUAUUUUCGGGACCGUCCGUGCGUCCAGGGCGAUUCACAAGGAACUCAUUUUAUCGAUAUUUGGUACGACUUUAAGAUGGCUAGACACCACCCCUACCUCCCGUGUUAUUGCAAGAUGCACCCAAGAUAUUCGCGCAGUGGACGGCCCAGUAGCAAUGUGGCUGCAAGCAGUUUCCGAAAUCUCGAUGAUGAUGAUUUUGAAGUACACGGCUGUUGUCGUGAUCACACCUAUAUUUUUCUUUCCUGGUGUUGCCGUCGCAUUUCUCGGAGCAGUAUGUGGUCAAGUUUAUAUCAAGGCCCAGUUGUCGGUUAAGCGCGAAAUGUCUAAUGCUAGAGCUCCAGUUCUCGGACAUUUCGGUGCUGCUAUCGCGGGGCUCACGUCCAUUCGAGCAUAUGGUGCCCAAGAGGCUUUUAAAGCGGAGUCGUUACGUCGUAUUGACAAAUUUACUCGUGCUGCCAGAACAUAUUAUAACUUGAAUCGAUGGAUCACCAUACGGGUCGAUGUACUGGGAGCUCUGCUCAGCUGCUUUUUGGCUGUAUAUUUAGUUUACUAUCGCGGUCAGUCUGCCUCCAACACGGGAUUCUCAUUGAACAUGGCCGGUAAAGUACCCGUACAUCCAGUAUUAUCUUUUCUUACAGUUGGCCCUGUAGUCGGUUUUAGCUCCUUGAUUUUAUGGUGGGUUCGUACACUGAAUGAGUUUGAAGUACAAGGGAAUAGUCUUGAACGUAUACAAGAUUAUAUCACCAUUGAACAAGAGCCAAAGCCUAAAGCAGAGACUGUACCUCCUGCGUAUUGGCCAGCUUCCGGUAAUCUUCGCGUUGAGAAACUCUCUGCACGUUACUCCCAAGAUGGUCCAAAGGUGCUCCACGAUAUAUCGUUCGAUAUACGGUCUGGAGAACGGGUUGGUAUUGUCGGGCGUACGGGAUCCGGUAAAAGCUCCCUCACAUUGUCGCUUUUGCGCUGCAUUUUCACUGAAGGAACCGUGUACUAUGAUGGAAUUCCGACCGACAAAGUUAAUCUCGAUGCUUUACGCUCAAAUAUCACAAUCAUUCCGCAAGUUCCUGAGCUUCUUAGUGGUACACUUCGACAAAAUCUUGACCCUUUCGAUCAAUACGAUGAUGCGACGUUGAACGAUGCUCUACGUGCCGCGGGUCUUUUCGCACUCCAAAGUGACAUGAACGAGGGUCGAAUCACUCUGGAUAGCUCAAUCUCUAGCGGUGGAGGUAACCUUUCGGUUGGUCAACGGCAGAUACUAGCGUUAGCCCGAGCACUUGUACGUGGGUCGAAGCUCCUUAUUCUAGACGAAGCAACAUCUGCCAUAGACUAUAGAACCGAUUCUAUCAUUCAAGACUCCCUUCGAAACGAACUGAAGGGUGAUAUUACUCUGAUCACGGUGGCGCAUCGCCUGCAGACGAUAAUGGAUGCUGACAAAAUUAUGGUGCUGGAUGCAGGACGAAUUGUUGAGUUUGACAGUCCGCAAGCCCUAUUGAAGAUCAAGGAUGGAAAAUUGCGAUCUCUCGUUGAUCAGAGCAACGACAAGGAUAGCUUGUACACCAUGGUAACGAGAGCAAGAUAG